AUGAAUGCUUUUCGCCCAUAUGUGUGGGACCCAAGCCUUAUUAUUGGUCAAAUGGUUUGUAUGCAGGCAGUAUUUUAUGCCUCCCAAUCCAUUUUGCUUUUAGCAGCACGUAUUGGUGGUCACAGUGCAACGGUGCAGACUGUAUUCUCACCUCAGGUUAACUUCGAUUCAGCACUAGUUCAGUUAGCUUCCGAACUAGUUUGUGCCUUCACCUUAGUUCGUGUCGUGCAACGAACAAGGCAAUGUUUAGACUUUGUGUGCACCUUCCAUCUUUUUCACUUAAUUUUUUUAAUACUGUAUAAUAGGUUAUUUCCGACAGAACUCUCCUGGUGGCUUUUUCAAGUGUUUGGUAUAACUGUUUGCACUGUUUUGGGAGAGUACCUCUGCAGGAAAGCUGAAAGUCGAGAAAUACACCUGUCACAAGCAGCAGCAAAAUAUGAAGUAUAA